GCGCUUCAAAAGACCCAGGGUCAAGAAGCAAGAUUGUUAAAACAGCAGCGGAGGCGGAGGGACCUGGUCCUUAAGGAAGGCGCGCGCUUGCUUCUAGAUUCCGAAGCGUUUUCAAAGCUGGUUACAGUCCUUACCACAGCACACCCUUGUGAGGAGCGGUUGUGCGAUCAGAUCGAUCUAAGAUGGCGACUGUGGAACCGGAAACCACCCCUACCACUAAUCCCCCACCUGCAGAAGAGGAAAAACCAGAGUCUAAUCAGGAGGUUGCUAACCCAGAGCACUAUAUUAAACAUCCUCUACAGAACAGGUGGGCACUCUGGUUUUUUAAAAAUGAUAAAAGCAAAACUUGGCAAGCAAACCUCCGAUUGAUCUCUAAGUUUGAUACUGUUGAAGACUUCUGGGCUCUAUACAACCAUAUCCAGUUGUCUAGUAAUUUAAUGCCUGGCUGUGACUACUCACUUUUUAAGGAUGGUAUUGAGCCUAUGUGGGAAGAUGAGAAAAACAAACGAGGAGGACGGUGGCUGAUCACACUGAACAAGCAGCAGAGACGGAGUGACCUCGAUCGCUUCUGGCUAGAGACACUGCUGUGCCUUAUUGGAGAGUCUUUCGAUGACUACAGUGAUGAUGUGUGUGGAGCUGUUGUUAAUGUUAGAGCUAAAGGUGAUAAGAUAGCAAUAUGGACUACUGAGUGUGAAAACAGAGAUGCGGUCACACACAUAGGGAGGGUAUACAAGGAAAGGUUAGGACUUCCUCCGAAGAUAGUGAUUGGUUAUCAGUCCCACGCAGACACAGCUACAAAGAGCGGCUCCACCACUAAAAAUAGGUUUGUUGUUUAAGAAGACACCUUCUGAGUAUUCUCACAGGAGACUGCGUCACGCAAUCGAGAUUGGGAGCUGAACCAAAGCCUCAUCAAAGCAGAGUGGACUGCACUGAAGUUGAUUCCAUCCAAGUGUUGCUAAGAUAUAAGAGAAGUCUCAUUCGCCUUUGUCUUGUACUUCUGUGUUCGUUCUCCUCCCCCACCCCCAAUUUUUGCUAGUGUGUCCACUAUCCCAAUCAAAGAAUUACAGUAUACGUCACCCCAGAACCCGCAGAUGUGUUCCUGGCCGCUCUGUAACAGCCGGUUAGAAUUACCAUGACACACACAUUUGCCUUUCCACAGUAUUCGAAAAAGAACUUGCAUUUCUAUUACCUUAGCAGGAAAGAUCUGGUUUUGCUCCACUCCAUGCAGGAGCGGACUUUGCUGGUGUGAGAGUCUGAGUACAGCUUUCUAGCAACCUUCUGUUUCCUUUCACAGCAUUGUCCUUGCUGUCCUCUUGCUGAUGGCUGCUAGAUUUAAUUUAUUUGCUUCCCUCCUUGAUAACAUUAGUGAUUCUGAUUUCAGUUUUUCAUUUGUUUUGCUUUUGUUUUUUUCCUCGUGUAACAUUGGUGAAGGAUCCAGGAAUAUGACAGAAAGGUGGAAUAAACAUUAAAUUUGUGCAUUCUUUGGUAAUUUUUUUGUUUUUUGUAACUACAAAGCUUUGCUACAAAUUUAUGCAUUUCAUUCAAAUCAGUGAUCUAUGUCUGUGUGACCCUAAACAUAAUUGUGGACUAUAAAAAUGUAACACCAAAAUUACAUUCCUAACUAGAAUUCGUAGGUCUGCCUUUGUAUCUCUAUGCUGUACUUUAACACUUUGUAUUCCUUAGGUUAUUUUGCUUUGGUUACAAUGGCUCAAGUAGAAAAGCGGUCCCAUCCAUAUUAAGACAGUGUACAAAACUGUAAAUAAAAUGUGUACAGUGAAUUGUCUUUUAGACAACUAGAUUUGUCCUUUAUUUCUCCAUCUCUAGAAGGAAUCUGUACUUCGUAUUGCAAGGCAGUCUCUUGUGUCUUCUUAGAGUGUCUUCCCCAUGCACAGCCUCAGUUUGGAGCACUAGUUUAUUAUUAUGUUUAUUACAAUUUUUAAUAAAUUGAAUAGGUAGUAUCACAUAUGUAAUUAAACUGAUGUGGCUAUCUUUUUUAAUAAAGUUAAGGCACAGUUUCUCAGCCUUAGGUUAAAUAAUGUACUUUGACUAUGUUAAAGUUCAUGAGGAUUGGGGUUUUGGUGUAUCACCAUUUGAUAGGAACAGCGGCUAGAAACUGAUUGUUGGGUUAAGAUGUUUUUACUUAAUGGCCAGAAAAUUAGCAUAAGGAAAUGCGUUAGGAACAUUAGUGUUACUAUCUGAAUAAAACACAAUAAACAAGUAUUAAGAACUACUUAUAUUGGUCAAUUGUUGCAGUAUGGUUUUCUGUAAACUUGAAACCUUGAUCUAUUCUUUGUAUCAUUUAAAGCAAACAUGAAGACAUUUUGUCUGCAGCACAUAAUUGUAUAGUUCAGAUCCUGUGAGAUGAGGUGUGGCUGCUAACGCCGAAGGGUAAGCUGAACUGUGGAUAGCACAGUGGAAAUCAUUGGCUGAGAGAAAAAUGCUCUUUAAGUGGUGGUUGUUAUGAAUUCACACUGAUAACUUGAUAAAGAUCCUUAUAAAAUACA